CUCACUUAAGGUGUAAUUGUUCCACCUGACUUAUUGUACGAGCCAAUGUCUUUUCCAUAACUCUCUAACAUACCGAUAGAAUAGGCUACCUUGAUUGAUUAUUCACUAUACAAGUGCCAGGUUUCAUGCCUUUUAUCUAGGCCAUUUUUGCUACCGCUGCCGAGGAACCGGGGAAUGACCACGACUUUUGUGAUUGGUACUGGACGACGUUCUUCUAUACGGCUAUCCGAUUUGCAAGCACCAGCAGCUGCAUCCAUUUCACACCAAAUGACCAGUCCGAUAGACAAGUUUCCGCCGUUCCAUGAUGGAUUAUACGAGACAACAACGGAGUCAAGGGAAGAGCACCCAAUUUCCUCGAUCGGAUAUACACCAACCGAUUACUGGGAGUCGCGGACCCCAGCUCAAUUGCCCCGGGAUUUGAAAAAUGGCGGCGUGCCCCUGAAUUCGAAAAGAGGGCCAAGGAAAAGUAUCAGUGAGGCAAUUAGCACAAUCAGAACCCGCAACGCCAGUGUCAGUGCCAAUGCUCAAGAAUUAGCCGACGCUCUCAGAGCACCAGUAUCAUACAAGUUGAUAAUUCUCUGUCUCGUCUGGUAUAUGACCUCCGCUCUCACAAAUACUUCAUCAAAGUCCAUCUUGAAUGCCUUGCCGAAGCCAAUUACUCUCACGGUUGUACAAUUUGCUUUCGUGGCACUCUGGUGCUUGGUCCUGUCCUAUCUGUCGGCUACGCUACCAUGGCUCAGAGAGAGCAUACCGGCCCUCAAACAUGGCAUUCGUCCGCCAUCCCGCGAUGUUGUCAGGACCGCUUUACCUCUGGCAGUUUUUCAGCUAGCCGGCCAUAUACUAAGCUCUAUGGCUACUUCACAAAUACCUGUCUCACUUGUCCACACCAUCAAGGGACUCUCGCCUCUUUUUACAGUCCUAGCUUACCGUGUGUUUUUUCGCAUCCGAUAUGCUAAGGCGACUUACCUUUCUCUUGUCCCCUUGACCCUGGGCGUCAUGCUUGCUUGCUCUACGGGGUUUUCAACAAACCUUUUCGGCAUAUUGUGUGCGUUAGUCGCUGCCAUAGUCUUCGUCUCUCAGAACAUCUUUUCAAAGAAGCUUUUUAAUGAGGCGUCCCGUGCAGAAUCAGAUUCAGAACUCUCGGGCCGGCAAAAAUUGGAUAAGCUGAACUUGCUCUAUUAUUGCUCUGGGUUAGCCUUUAUUCUCACAUUGCCUAUUUGGUUUGUAUGUGAAGGGUAUCCUCUAAUCUCAGACCUUAUGCAAGAUGGCUCCAUCUCAUUGUCAGGGAAUCAGGGCUCAAUGGAUCAUGGUGCACUUUUUCUUGAGUUUGUAUUCAAUGGGAUAUCACAUUUCGCACAAAAUAUACUGGCGUUUGUUCUACUAUCCAUGAUUUCACCAGUCUCAUAUUCUGUUGCAUCUCUAGUGAAGAGAGUUUUCGUUAUUGUUGUUGCGAUUAUUUGGUUUGGAAGUUCAACAACACUUGUGCAAGGAUUUGGGAUUAUACUUACCUGUAUUGGGCUGUAUCUCUAUGAUCGCAAUAGCCAUGAUGACGUGGCAGACUUGAGAGCGAACGCUGAUAAUUUUCGUGCAAGGGAAACCAUUCUGCCCCUGAGUACUCAGGCCACAGGCAAAACAUGGAACUUGAAUGGGUACGCCUCCUCAGCAAACAAAUUUCCCCUCUAUCACACCUUAGAUGGUUCUUCCUUGCAAAUGAAGGAUCCCAAGAAAGAUGAUGGUGAACAGGGUCAUGUGCGCCCAAGAGGCAGCAGUAACUCCAGGGUAUGGCUGCCUCCUGGUACAAAGCAGGAGACUACCUGGCAACCAAAUGACUCCUAGGUUUCCCUGUCCUUCUGCUGGCAUUGUCAUUUAUUGAUAUUUUUGUUCUUGUUGCUACAUCCACUUGCCAGGAGUCUAAUUGUAACAUAUCAAGGCGAUUAAUUAUCCCGGUACUUAUCGCCGGUCUCAUUU